AUGGCGGGCGAUCCCCCGACGGCCGCGGAGAAGGAGACCCUGGUCUCCUCUUUCCUCGAGAUCGCCGCCGGCCAGACCCCCGAGACUGCCACCCAGUUCCUACAGAUGACGAGCUGGCACCUGGAGGAGGCGCUGCAGCUGUUCUACAUCGACGGCGAGUCCGCCCUCACCGCUGCGCAUCCGGCGGCCCCGCCGCCUGCUGCGGCGGCCACGUCGGCUUUGGCGGCGGCGGCCGGGGUGGAAGAGGCGAUGAGGUUCGCUCCACCCCCGGCGGCUGCACUGGGCGAUGCAAUGUUGAAUGGAUUUGGGGUUGGGGAGGACGACGACGUUCGCGCGCCUCUGCCUGUGAAGAGGGAGACUCUCUACGGCGAGGGCAUCGUGUCUGUCAUGCGACCUAAUGCACCAGCUGCAUUUCGUAACUUUGAACAAGAAGCAAGACAAUCCGCUGUUUGGGACUCUGACCAGAAUGCUACAUCUAGUUCUGGUGAUAAUCUUGCUUCUUUAUACCGUCCGCCUUUUUCUUUGAUGUUCAAUGGACCCUUUGACAAGGCAAAGUUAGAGGCUUCUUCCCUGGACAAAUGGCUAUUAAUCAAUUUGCAGUCAACAGAGGAAUUUAGCUCUCACAUGCUUAAUCGAGAUACUUGGGGAAACGAAGCGGUGGCUCAACUAAUUCGGUCAAAUUUUAUUUUCUGGCAGGUUUAUUAUGACACCAGUGAGGGGAGGAAGGUAUGCACCUACUACCAUUUGGUGUCCAUGCCUGCUAUUCUCCUAAUUGACCCUGUCACUGGGCAAAAAAUGCAUGCUUGGAAUGGAAUGGUUCACCCAGACCGUUUACUCGAGGAUUUACUACCUUACCUGGAUAAAGGUCCGAAGGAGCACCAUGCAGCUCAACCUCAAAAGCGCCCAAGGAAAGUUGAUCAGGAAGCUUCUUCGGGCCAGCAAGGCAAAAUAGCUGUUGAGGAUGAAGAUGAAGAACUAGCACGGGCAGUAGCAGCUUCGCUAGAGGAGAGUAAAGAAGUCAUUGAAGCAUCAGACGCCAGUGAUGACAUGGCUGAAGCUGAACCUGAGGUGGACAAUGAGCCCAGCUUAAAAAUCAAGCCUGAUUAUCCUCCUCUCCCUGAAGAACCUACAGGAAGCAGGGACCUUCUCUGCAGGGUUGCGAUUCGGCUACCGAACAAUCGGAGGAUCCAAAGAAACUUUCUUCACACAGAUCCUAUCAAGCUCUUGUGGUCAUUCUGCGCUCCUCAGGUUGAGGACGGGGAGAAGAGGGCUUUCCACUUCGUACAGGCCAUUCCUGGAGCAUCCCAGAAACUGGAGUUCGGAAGCGACCAAACUUUCAAGGAAGCCGGGCUGGCCAACUCGAUGAUCAACCUCUUGUGGGACUGA